AUGACGAUUAUUAUCACGAGGAUUUUUUGUUUUCUUUCUUCGCUGCCCGACAUUGUUCAGACUCUUUCGUAUCCGUUCCCACCUACCACUCCCGAAAGCAAGGGAAAUAGUGAUGCACGAUAUUUUUGCAUGGGUCUUAGGGUGCGUUACAUCUUCACAUGA